CUUGUGCAUUGUUCUUGUUACUUGCGUACAGCUGUGAAAUGGUUUGGUGUUGACUUUACCAAGAAAUGCCCUCUGCUUCCUUCAAACCAAGGAGAGGAUAAGACUGAAGGCUACGAUCUGUUCGAUCCUGAGGCGCUGUGCUGUGAGGAGUUCAAGAAAGGCAUCGCUUGUCAUAGUCCUGUUGUGCUCACCAGCACCUCUGCGACUGAGAAUACUUCGCUCAUGAACUAUUUACCUUAGCCCAGCUUGCCGUUCUCUGCUACUCCUGAGCUUUGCAUCCCUUCGAUGGUGUAAUGGAGAGGAAAUGGCGCUGUGUGUCCUGCUCGCACCCCAAUUGGUCGGCGGCUCCUCACUGUGCAUCCUGUUACAAACCCCGAAAAGAGGAUGACUUCAAUGCCAUUCCACUGCAAAACUCUUCUCGCCUUUGCGAUGACAAUAUCAUCAUUCAUCAGACCUCGCCAAGCCGGUGUCGGAAAGGCAAGACUAACUUGCUGGGUGGAAGCUACGGUGGUGCUGUUCGCGAGUCGACGUCAGGAAGGUGGGUAUGUGGAGAAUGCUCUUCAGAAAACGUGAACAAUAGCCGUGAAUGCUUUCGCUGCAAGUCGACGAGACCAAAGAAACUGGCCGGAGGAGCACAGUCCUCAGGAGCAGCGCAGUUUGGCGAUAACACUGCUGACAGCUGGCCACAGUCCCGUCCACGAAGAAAGUCUCGACGGCCCCACCAUGCUCGUGACAAACGUAGUACUAGUGGUGUUGCUACUGUGGCCGUGCCACCAGGUACAGGCAGUGGCCAGGCCAGUCUGAGCGCAAGUCCUUUGCCACCUCAGCAGGACGUUGGAGUAGCUAAACCCAAAUGGUCGUGCACUGUCUGCACAUUUGAAAACUGGCCGCGCACAGUCAGGUGUGCAAUGUGUCUAACGCCUCGCAAUGGUCCAGGAUCAGGCACCAGCGGUCCGACAGUGGGCACUAGUAGUUCUUCUGGCGACAAUCACUCGCAGUCGUCUAGCGGCGGCGAGGGAGAUUCGGCUGAUGUUUCAUCCGAGUGCAGGCUGAACAGCGAGCAGAGCACCAAUUCUGUUGCCACGACGCUGAACUUGUCAGAUGAAAUAAUUUCCUGCCAGAGCGGCCCAUCAACAGCAGAAGCAUCGAGAAGUUCACCCAGUAGUACAUGUGGGACUAGCGAACUGGACGGCGUCGGCGGCAGAUCGGGUCGAGGCCGCCAGCGUGCGUCAUCACCACCCGAAGCCAUUGCUCAGCGACUGAACCGCAUGUCGCAUCGUGACACUUUGUUCCUUGCAGCCUGCACUGGUGUAGCAUCUGGUGAUGUGAACGCCGUGCACCAGUAUAUCCUGGACGGUGGGGAAUACACACGAGGCUUAACAGCUGAGGAGGCAUCAUUGCUGAACAGCAGUCAGCGAAAAAAACAGUCCAAUGGCCAACGUGUGGGCCGAAGAUUUGACGCUGGCGAAACGCUGGUACAUCUAUCGCUCGGAUUUGGAAGAAGCGAACUGCUUGCCGUUCUAUUGCCUGGCGCAGAUGAACACCGGGUUCGCAAGCGCUUGCCGUCAUAUGCGCAUCAAGUUGUCGCGGAUGAGGUCCGUGAUGAAGUUUCACGGUGCAUGCAGCAGCUGAAAGGAGUGUGGCCAUGUUAUGUAGUCACUCGAGAUUGCUUGUUCUCACUUCCUGAAGAGAUUAGUAGCUUCUCUCAGCCAAUUCAGGAUCAGCUGCUUCAGGAUGUAGUGGAUGGCGAAGUGCAAAAAGAGCUGGAGGAGUCUGACCCGCCGGUUAUCAACUGGUGUAACUUGAUCACCCAAUCGCUGGGCACGAAGCUGUAUGCUCUGUGGAACCGCACACAAGGAGAUUGCUUGCUCGACUCCGUUCUCCAGGCGACCUGGGGCGUUCAGGAUCGCUCGGCGUCGCUGCGGAUCGCCUUAGCCGAAAGUCUCAAGGAUGGGAAGACAAGGUUCUAUGAGCGCUGGCGAGAUGCUGAGAUCCUGCAAGCCCACUCGCUCCAGUAUAGCGUGGAUGAAGUGCAGUGGCGCUCCGACUUUGCCCAGCUGCAGCACCGUGCUUCCAGCCCCGGAGCAUCAUUGGAACAGCUGCACAUCUUUGCUCUGGCGCAUAUUCUACGGAGGCCCAUCGUUGUGUACGGUAUCAAGUUUGUCAAGAGUUUUCGUGGCGACAACCUCGGUCUGGCUCGAUUUCAAGGUGUGUAUCUGCCCUUGUUAUGGGAUCCUGAAUUCUGUUGGUGCAGUCCACUUACCCUGGCAUACACUCGUGGCCACUUUUCUGCUCUCGUUCCCCUCGAAAACUUGCUGACACCCAAGUCGCCGACGGAAGUGCUGCGUGAGCCGCAUCCGUCCUCCUCAUUUCCGUCAGGGUCCUCUUCCUCCUCUCAGCCACGUUCAUCUCACAGUGUCAGCCCUCCAUCGCAUGCCAUCUCCGAUGCUAGCGGUGGCGUGUCCUGGCUUCCUCUGGUUGAUGCUCACAAUGAGCUUCUCCCUGUGCACUUCCUGACCAUGGAAGAGAUGGGGAGAGAAGAAGAGCUGCUGCACCGUUGGCUCGAUUGUUUUGCGUUUAACGGCUGCCGACUUGCUGCUCGCCAGGUGAUGCCCAGAGAGCACCACUUAGUUGAGUCCUUGGUGGACAGUUGGCUCUCGCGAUAUCGCCGCCUCGAAGCAAGAGAGAGCAGUCCUGUCGAGGCGAGUUGUUCAGUAGACGGGCUUGCUGCGGCGGUUGAUCACCUUUAGUAUAUGACCAGCCAUAUCUCGAGUCUAUCUUCCAACAGCGUUGGAGUCUUUUCAAGUCUCUUUUUAGUCUGCUAUUUAAUUGUACAUAUCAUGUCCAUGUAUGGUGUUGGAAAUGCCUAUACCAAUCUACCUUGUUUUAAAAAAUAUAUAUUUUUACUUCUCAGCGCUGGCACUAGUGCUUACCGGCAGCUUUUAACACCCCACCGACUGUGUAUAUACGUCUCCUUGGUCGACUGCAGCGUCCGCAUUAUCUUUGUCGAAUAUGUUCUCCAUGUGACCCGAUGUUCAACUUUCUGACCCAGUACCUGUGAAAUAUUCCUUUGACCUUGAAAAAAACACUCUUAGUUGCUGGCUUCUGCUUUUUUCCGUCCAGCUUUUCUAAGUAUUCUCCUCUCAAUGUGCGUAUAUCAUUCAAAUACUCUUUUUGUUAACUCCUCUACCACCCACGACUUUGUUCACUAAUCGUAACCCACCACGAAAUGUCCUUUCUUUUCAAAGCUAACAUUGGCUGGCCUGAGUCAAUCGCAACUACAUGCACUCCAGAAAGAUUUUCUGGCGCUAAAUUUGUGCUCAAAUAAUUAAAACAAUGAUAAUAUUGUGACAUUCUUCAACCAAUAAUCAUGAAUCAGCAGCUGUGAAAA